GACCGUAGAGACGCACAAAAAAGAGCAAGAAGGCAAUUGAACACCGACGAAAUGGGUGAGGAAGUUGAGGCACAAAUGAAGAGGAUUGAAGCCACUAAAGGUGUGAUUGGAACGCUAGUCGUUGAUCCAGAUGGUGUUCCCAUCAGAUCAACUUUGGAUCAGUCCAUGACUCUACAAUAUGCAGGGCAGCUUCGACAACUUGUGGUAUUGGCCAGAAGCGCAGUCAGAGAUAUUGACCCUCAGAAUGAUCUCAGCGCCCUCCGAGUCCGCUCCAAGAGCAAUGAGAUCAUUGUUGUAACAGAGAACAACUAUCUGGUGAUAGGCAUCCAGAAGCUUCCUGAGCCAGACGUUUCCAUGGGCAGGGAGACAGGUUCUCCCUUGGGACUAGAGUAUCCUGGUUGGCUACAGAAGGAGGGAAGUGAUGGCUAUUGAUGUGUGCACGCUCAAAGACGUGGAUGAGAUGAAUGUUUCAGCUGAGAGAAGAAAAGAAGGAGGCAAAAUAACAAUGUCUGUCCUUGAAGCCAUUUUUAAUCACAUCAUAAGAAGACCACAUACAUUGUGAGGCUGUGCAC